AUGAGGUUGCGGAGGACUGGGGUCUGCCCGCAACUGACGCUCAGGCUCCAGCCUUUGGAUCGAGAGAAGAGUCGGGCGCAGGAGAAACACUGGCAGAGAGAUCUGCUGGUGUGCGGCGGGUCCAUCCUCGCUUCCGCUUCCGGGAAAGUCAAAGGGGCGGGUCUGCGGUCUGCGACCCUGGGCCGCUGCGGUGGAAGGAAGCCGUGCGUCGGCUGCGGGCUAACACCUGGGGAAUCGUAA